AUGCCGUGCCCUCGGCCGCCCUGGCUCCGCCGCCCCCGGACCCCACAAAGCUCGGUCGCCGGUUCCCCCGGUGCUCCUUCGACGCCUCGCUCCCCGAGCCGAGAGGAAGAUGAGGACGCCGACGACGAGGAGGAGGAGGAGGAAGGCGAUGGCAGCAGCCCGGGCUCGGGCCCCAUCCUGCCCCCGGCAUCCCCGAUGGAGUGCCUCAUCUGCGUGUCGCCCUUCGACGGCACGUUCAAGCUGCCCAAGCGCCUGCACUGCGGCCACGUCUUCUGUCUCGAGUGCCUGGCCCGCCUGUCGCUGGCCACGGCGGGCGGCGGCGACGCGGUGGCCUGCCCGGUGUGCCGCGCGCCCACGCGCCUGGCCCCGCGCGGCGGGCUGCCGGCCCUGCCCACGCAGGCGGGGCUGCUGCCGCGGGACGCGCGCGCGCCGCCGCCCACGCGCCAGGGCUCCGUGCGCUUCGACCGCCGCCGCGGGCUCCUGUACGUGCGGCCGCCGCCCGCGGCCCCGGGGCCGCGCAAGAGCCGCUGGGCGCGCGCGCCGCCGCCGCCGCCCCCGCCGCCGCUGCGCCUUGGCCGCCCGCUGUCGCGCCGCCUGUCGCUGAGCAGCCCCGCCUGGGCGUUCAACGCGGCCGUGGCGCUGGCCGUGCUGGUGGCGGCGGGGCUCGUGGUGUCGGGCGUCUACAUCUUCUUCCUCGUCCCGCACGCCGCCGCCUCGGCCCCCGCGCGGCCGCAGCUCGUGGCGCUGGCGCCCGCGCACGGCUUCUACUGGUUCCCGCCGAGACCCACGCCCGGCACCCCCCCGCCGGCCGCACACCCGGCCCGGGAAGAGUCCUUGCCCGAGGCCACGGAGGAGACCCCCGGGGACCCGGAGGCCACGGAGGAGACCCCCGGGGAGCCGGAGGCCACGGAGGAGACCCCCGGGGAGCCGGAGGCCACGGAGGAGACCCCCGGGGAGCCGGAGGCAGAAGCCGAAGGGAGCUCGGGUGGACCGUCCGGCCGCACCGUGGGGACAGAGGACGGCCUUGGCUGGGGCCUGCCCACGCGGGAUGCAAGGAGAGCGUGGGGGCCAUGGUAA